AUGGCUCAAACCCGACUUCCACAACAGCAGGGGCAGCAGCAGCAGCAGCAGCAGCCUCCGCCUCAGUUCGCUACCCAUCCCUUCUCUCCUCCAGUCUCCUCACCCUCACCUCACUCCGCAUCAUCUCCCGUCAACGGAGCCGUGGCGCCUCCUCCCCAGAAGAAGCCUCGCUUGUCGCCACUUCCUCCAUCACAAACACAGUCGCCCUACGCCUCUCCCAGCUUUGGCGCAAUGCAACUUCCUCCUACACAACCGCCGAUGAAUGGCGUAAGCGCGAGCUUCACGCCAUCUACACCUACAAGUGCAGCACCCGCCCCGGGAACGAUGGGACCCCCCUCGCGUCCGGUCGACAAAACAACCGAUGCAGCCGAGUUGACGGAUGUAUUGGCAUCAUCCGGUAUCGAUGUUCGGGAGGAAGAGGCGUUCCUCACGCGCAGCUUCUCUGGGCCCAAUGCGCAGGCGCAGCCGCCCAAUAGAGCUCAGCUUCCACAACAGCAACCCCAAAUGAACAGUUCUUUCGUCUCGCAGACGUCUACUACGGGGACACUAUCUGCCUCUAGCAGUUUCGGCGAGCUGCCCCACACGAAGCCGACGAUUCCGACAAGUUCAUUUUCCACUGAUCCAACCUCGCAAGCCACAUCCAUCAGCAAUCCACCGAGUCGUGCAGAUACGGAGGCGGCACGAAGAGCACAACAUCACCUUCAGGAGCCGUUCCUCUUUGCUAAGCUUGUAGAGCAGAAGAUCCAGAAGCGUGGUUUUGAACUUGGAGUACGCAUUCCCUCGGAAGGUCUAUUUCAUCCUGUACCUGGCCGACAGGCCCCGAUCGAAGUCACUGGUCCGGAUGGAUCGUCGAUUGUGCGGACGGGUCAGACCAUCCUCAAUCAGGAGGGUGCACCGUUGGUGGACAUUCUGAAUCUCAUUUCCCUCUCGUGCGAAGAACGCCUGAGAGGGGUGGUUGACUAUUCUGCUACACUGGCACGUAGUCGCAGAGCCCAUUCACAUGGUGUGGUUCCUGAUGCGUGGGUCGAUAUUGCGCAGCCUCUGGGUCCGAUUGCCGGGAACACGGUGACUCCGUCAAAACGGCCCAACCCAGAUGCCGAAGAGGCUUCCAAGAAACCCGUGGCAGAGAGAUACAGAGGACUUGUUGCGAGAGAGAAUAGCCAGGAGAACAAACGUGCAGCGAAACGGACGAAGAGAAGUGCAAGUGCCAUUGUUGGCGAAAGCACGGGCGCCCGGGCCGAUACUGCAGACAUCAUGGGCUCGGCUCCAUCUACUCCAUUGGGAGAAAGGGCACCCAGUUUCGACAUGAAAAAGUCGAUGACAAAGAAGGAGCAGAAGAAAUUGAUGGACAGCAAGGCCAACGAGGCGCAGCAGCACCAGCAAUCCGUGGAGACUGCACGACUAGCGACGAACUCGAUGUUGUCUGGUCGGAUGUUCGGAGCCAAAAAGUCAUAUUCAUGGCUGAAGCCCGGAGGCUCUUCCAGUGGAUUCUCGACACCAACCCGAGCUGCUCCUUCGACUCCAACGACCGGGCCAGAGAAACCCAGUCGGGCGGGUGAAACCCCUGCUGGUCAGCCCAAGCGACGAAUUGGAACGUGGCGAGAGGAUCAGGAGAAGGGGCGAGGCAUUCAGGUUCGGGAUAUCUUGUUUGCUGUCGAGGCCGACGGUCGAGCUAGCAAACACGUUCAAAAGGGCUACUCAAGAGACCCAAAAGAGGAUCGUGCAGCUUGA